GCCUGUUUAACGCCUUUGAUGAAAACCGCGACAAUCACAUAGACUUCAAGGAAAUCUCAUGUGGACUCUCGGCUUGCUGCAGGGGACCGCUGGCAGAACGGCAGAAGUUUUGCUUCAAGGUUUUUGACGUUGAUCGAGACGGGGUUUUGUCUAAGGUUGAACUCGAAGAAAUGGUCGUGGCCCUUUUGGAAGUCUGGAAAGAUAACCGUAUUGAUAACAUUCCAGAGCUGCACAUGAAUUUGCCUGAUAUUGUAGAAGAUAUUCUAAAAUCACACGACACUACCAAGCUUGGUCAUCUCACCCUUGAGGAUUAUCAGAUCUGGAGUGUGAAAAGUGCUCUUGCCAACGAAUUCCUGAAUCUGCUUUUUCAGGUGUGCCAUAUAGUCUUAGGUUUAAGACCUGCCACUCCAGGAGAUGAAGGACAAAUCAUUAGUCUGCAUUCCAAUCCGAUUCCCUCCGCCCCCGAGUUCGUUGGCAAGCUGAGAAAUAUCCUUUCGGCCACCACUCCCAAUGCCGAGACAUGUUUCGCUCGACAACUUAAUUCUUCGGACAACAACAAUCAGUGCCUCCUUGCAUCUAAUGGGAAUAUCUUACUGCAGUUGCUGAAUCCACAGCGGCCUGGAGCAAUUGAUAAUCAGCCACUUGUAACGCAAGAGCCCGUGAAGGCUCCAUCAUUGACUCUGGAAGGCGGGCGAUUAAAACCAUCACCCCAAUUAAUCCAAGGGAAAAAUUAUGAAAUUGUCCCAGAACCGGUGUGGAGAGCCCUCUAUCAUUGGUACGGAGCGAACCUGUCUUUGCCACGACCGGUGAUCAGAAACAGCGCGAGGGGCCUGCCUGAGCUGGAGCUGUUUCCCCGCUACCUGCUCUUCCUGAGACAGCAGCCGGCCGCCCGGACGCAGCAGUCCAACGUCUGGGUGAACAUGGGGAACGUCCCUUCUCCCAGCGCGCCUUUGAAGAGGGUCUUGGCCUACACCGGCUGCUUUAGCCGCACCCAAACCGUCAAGGAGAUCCACGAAUACCUGUCGCAGCGGCUGAGGAUGAAAGAGGAGGAUAUGCGCCUGUGGCUGUACAACAGCGAGAACUACCUUACUCUUCUUGAUGAUGAGGAUCACACGUUGGAAUACCUGAAUAUUCAAGAUGAACAGCAUUUAAUUAUAGAAGUUCGCAAUAAAGACAUGAGCUGGCCCGAAGAGAUGUCAUUUAUAGCAAACAGCAGUAAAAUUGAUAGGCAUAAAGUUCCCACCGAAAAAGGGGCCACAGGCUUGAGCAACUUGGGCAACACCUGCUUCAUGAAUUCGAGCAUCCAGUGCGUCAGUAACACUCAACCUCUCACCCAGUAUUUCAUCUCCGGCCGACACCUGUAUGAGCUGAACAGGACAAAUCCAAUAGGAAUGAAGGGGCAUAUGGCUAAGUGCUAUGGGGAUUUGAUUCAAGAACUGUGGAGUGGAACCCAAAAGAACAUCGCUCCUCUCAAGUUGAGGUGGACUAUAGCUAAAUACGCCCCGAGAUUUAAUGGCUUCCAACAACAAGACUCUCAGGAGCUCUUAGCUUUUCUCCUGGAUGGGCUCCAUGAGGACCUGAACCGAGUUCAUGAUAAGCCGUAUGUGGAACUGAAGGACAGUGAUGGCCGGCCGGAUUGGGAGGUAGCGGCAGAAGCCUGGGAGAACCACUUGAGAAGGAACCGCUCAAUUGUGGUUGACCUCUUUCAUGGGCAGCUGAGGUCCCAGGUGAAGUGUAAGACCUGUGGGCACAUCAGUGUUCGUUUUGACCCUUUCAAUUUUUUAUCGCUGCCUCUUCCGAUGGACAGUUACAUGCAUAUAGAAAUAAUAGUAACUAAACUAGAUGGCACGACUCCUGUCCGAUACGGACUCAGGCUGAAUAUGGACGAGAAAUACUCUGACUUGAAGAAACACCUGAGUGAACUGUGUGCCCUGAAGCCCGAUCAGAUCCUGCUUGCAGAAGUACACAGCUCGAACAUAAAGAACUUUCCGCAAGACAACCAAAAAGUCCGGCAUUCGACGACAGCUUCUUUGUGCGCGUUCGAGGUGCCAAUCCCUGGCUCCCCCACUUCGGCUUCUUCAAGUCCUUUGCAAACAGAUUUUUACCGUGGACAGUCGACUAACGGGAUGAUCAACUGUCUGAUGAACGGUGACCUUCCGCGAUCAACCUUGAUCCCAAACGGAAUGCCGAACACAGUGGUGCCCUGCAGGGUGGAGAACGGUGUGAUGAUGAACGGCCAUGUGACCUCGCCUUCGGACAGCCCCUUCAUAGGCUACAUCAUUGCCGUCCACAGGAAAAUGAUGCGGGCCGAAAUGUACUUCCUCUCGUCUCAAAAGAACCGGCCGAGCCUGUUUGGGAUGCCUCUGAUUGUUCCCUGCACAGUUCACACAAGGAAGAAAGACUUGUAUGACGCUGUCUGGAUUCAAGUGUCUCGGCUUGCAAGCCCCCUCCCUCCCCAGGAAGCAAGUAACCAUGCUCAGGAUUGGUUUUGCUAUGGGUGUAAAAUCGACUGCACCGAAGAGCGAGCGCUGAUGGGGAACGCAAACCUUGCUGUCGACUGGGACCCCACCGCGCUUCAUCUCCGCUACCAGACCUCACAAGAACGGAUAGCAGAGGAGCACAGGAGCGUGGAGCAGAGCCAGCGGGCUCAGGCCGAGCCCAUCAACCUGGACAGCUGCUUGCGGGCCUUCACCAGCGAGGAGGAGCUGGGCGAAGAUGAAAUGUACUAUUGUUCCAAGUGCAGGACCCACUGCCUGGCCACCAAGAAGCUGGACCUGUGGAGGCUUCCCCCAAUCCUGAUCAUUCACUUAAAGCGCUUCCAGUUUGUCAACGGCCGCUGGAUAAAAUCCCAAAAAAUCGUCAAGUUUCCUCGGGAGAGCUUUGACCCAAGUGCCUUCCUCAUGCCGCGAGAUCCGAGCUGCUGGCCGCCAAAGCUGCUGACGCCGCAGGCUGACGAUCCCACGGAGCCGCUGAUUCUGCCGGAGGAGUCUCGGAGGGCGGAGCAGCGGGGCGGCACUGUGGCCGGGGAGGGUGACGUCCUGCUCACCCGGAGCCCGUCCUCCCUCAACGCUUCGGGCAUCUUAAAUAAUGUCAGAGCGUCACCGUCCUCCACGAGGAAGUGCACGUCCAGCUCUUCGACAGGUAAAAACCUUAGUCCCACCAGUAGCCCCAGGACUACGGGCAGAAGUAAGGGGCGCCUCCGGCUCCCCCAGCUAUGUAAAAACAAACUGUCGAGCAGUAAAGAAAACCUGGACGCAAGUCGCGAGAACGGUACCCAGCCAGAUCCAAAGGCCACGCUUGACUCCCCGGGGAGGGAGCAGCAGCAGCAGAAUUUGGGGGACGGUUCAGGCGAGCCGGUGGCUGCUCAGGACAAUGAGGGGCAGCUAACCAACGGAUACCUUUGCAAGCUGAGCUCGCCCAGCAACCACAGUCUCAACGGUCCACUGGAAGCCCGCCGGGAAGAGGAACUGGCCGAUGACCAAAGAGGAGAAAUCUGUAUUAAUCCCAUUUACAACUUAUAUGCAAUUUCGUGCCAUUCAGGAAUUAUGGGAGGAGGUCACUACGUCACCUAUGCCAAAAACCCAAACGACAAAUGGUAUUGUUACAACGACAGCAGCUGUAAGGAAUUGCAUACCGAUGAAAUCGACGCAGAUUCUGCCUACAUCCUUUUCUACGAACAGCAAGGAGUGGACUAUGCACAAUUUUUGCCAAAGAUUGAGGGCAAGAAUAUGGCGGAUACCAGUAGCAUGGAUGAAGAUUUUGAGUCCGAUUACAAAAAGUACUGUGUCUUGCAAUGAGCAAAAACGGGUUUUGUAAAGGUUGGUCCGAGGGUAAUUGCACCACAAGGCUGGCAAGAAAAAAAAAGGAAAUACGGUUUUAACCGAGCAGAAGAGCUAGCUGUAGUUUUUUAUUUUAUUUUAUUUUAUUUUUUAUUUUUCCCCCGUGACCUGAAAGCACAACUAAAGAAAAAAAAAAACAGGGGGAGAAAGAGAAGCCCUAAUUAAAACAAGCAUUUAUCGGAUGGCGUUUGCUUUGGUUUCCCAUCUCUUGCUCCAUGCCCAGAGGGUGGGGGAACG